UAGAAAAUUCAAAAGAAGGCAAAUUGAAUAACCAACUCAGCCACAUGCUUUGGUCUCCCUUACUCACUUCUCCUUCUUAUUUCUUCCUCUUCUUUCUUAUCCUCUUUGUACCAUUCUUACUUAUAUAUACUCCUUCUUACAUGUCUAUAUUCGAACAUAUACUUUUCAAAGAAACCCAAAGCCCCCACAAAAAAAGGAAAAGAUCACUUAAUAUUUUAGCAUGACGAGGCAAAGAAUGAUUACAGUUGAGUCGCCGAAGAAGAAAAUGGGUGGAAUUGUGAAGCUCAAGAAUGUUGUAGAGAGGUUGGUGCAAAUCAAAGGCUUUUCCUCGACCAAGAAACCAUGUUCCGAAGAAUAUAGCCGUGAUUGUGUCCCAAAAGACGUGAAGGAAGGUCAUUUCGCGGUGAUAGCCGUUGAUGGGUAUCAUGAGCCUACACAAAGAUUUGUUGUCCCAUUGAUGUUUCUAGAACACCCUAUGUUCCGGAAGCUUUUGGAACAAGCAGAGGAGGAAUACGGGUUCUAUCACGAUGGAGCUUUGAUGGUACCUUGCCGGCCAAGCCACCUACGAAUGAUAUUGACCGAGCAAUGGUGUUAGAAUUUAUGCUGUAGUUAUAACUGUUCUACUUCAUAUUACAUAAUAAAACCGAAUUAUUCACUA